AUGAGUAUGAGUGUUAUGCCUGCUAGUGCUACGCCCCAACCGAGGACGAGGACGAGCGCGAGGACGGACAUGAACGCAGAGGCAGCGGCGGCGGCGGCGGGUGUCUCGCGUUCGGAGCAGAGGAAGCUGCGCUUGCUUGAGAUCGAGGCUGAGCUUGCGCUGGAGGAGGCUGAGGCGCUGAAGAUGACCGAGGAACAACGACGAACGCUCUUCCAGCCGUUCAAGGCUGUGAAAGUCGAGUUUGCGGACCUGGAUGGGCUGCGCUGGACGCAGACGGCGCUGAGGAGGCUUCAGCAGCCACCCAACAAACGCAUCCACCUCUCGCCUGAAGCACAACCUGCCACCCAUCUUCGGCCACGCACCGUCUCGUCGGUGUCUGGUGCCACACGCGGCACGUUCGUCGUCCUCACCAACUCGGACCUCGCGUCGUUCGCGCCAGAGGAGACGAUCCGUGCCCCUUCUCACCCGCGGAAGGCCAGGCCGUCGUUGCCUUCCGUACCUCACCAACACCACAACCACCCGCACGCGCGGGUACACUCGUCUGGGACACCAAAGACCCCAUCAGCGCCCUCCGGCACGCUCUCCAGCUCGUUCUCGCUCGCGGAUGUUACUUGCAAGCACCGCGACGGCACACACAGUCGGUCGCCGGUGAAGGGCCUCUUUCCGGCGAGGUCGUCGCCUUCCCUUCGGUCCUCCGAGCCGUAUGUCGGAGCGAUUCCGAAGGUCGUUGUCGAGAGAGAGAGAGACAUCACAGACGCCGAAGGCGCGCACCUGGAGAAUGAGGAAGAGGAGGAUAUCACCUCUCUGACGUACGACCAACCGCCCCGACCUUCAGUCGUGCCGCGAGGCCACUUUAGGCGGGACUACCCUACGCCGUCUGGGUUGGCGCCCCCGGACCCGAUGGAUGACGACGACGACGACGAUGAGGAGUUGCUGGAGGGGGGAGUGAUGUCUACGCCGACGCCUACGCGGAGGAUGUACGAGGUUGUAGUGCACAUGGAAGAGGAGGAUCUGACCGCCGCGGUGCUCGAUGGCUCUGCAAUGACGACGACGACGACGACGACGACAGCAUCCGUACCGCCAACACCUACACCUGCGACAGCGACUGGGACGCUCCGCGCCAGAACACGUGUUCCCUUCGCCCAUUCCAGCGCCAAUUUGAAUCCGGCGUAUAUGCUCGUCCCAUUCCCAACUCGGGAUGCUCCAGCUCCGCCCUCUCCGCGUUCGCCAUUAAGAGCGAACGUACUUCCCCUCCGAGAGGCGGCAGCCACGUCUAAAUCGGUAUCAACCUCAACAUCGACAUCGGCGUUGACAUCCUCGGACUUGGACGCAGACACGGCCAUGGACGCGGACAUUGAUAUUUCUUCGUUACUCGACGCGCCGCCUACACCUUCCACCUCCACACCCUACGCGACACCCACCACACCUCCAUCCGCCUCCGCCCCCCCGUCCUCGUCUGCCCUGGCCUACUCCGCGACGUCAGCGCGGACGCGCCUCCACUCCCUCCUCUCUGACACGCGGUCUCCCUCCGCCUCCUUCGCCUCAUCUCUCUCCUCUUCCGCCUCUCUCUCCUCUUCCUCCUCCUCCUCCUCCUCCUCCUCCGCCUCCUCUUCCCCAUCGCUCUCUACCUCCGCCUCCGCUGCUCCCUCUUCCGCCUCCGCCUCCUCCUCCUCUGCCUCCGCCUCUCCCCCGACCUCAACACCCUUCUCUCCCCCAAUCCCGCCCACACCCACAUACACCUCAUCAAGGACCUUCUCCUCCGCAGGCCAAAAGCGGCGCGCGAGCGCCCUGCUCGAGCUUGAUCUCGAUGCUUAUUCUCUUUUUGGAUAUGGGUAUGGUGGGUAUGGUGGAUAUGGUUACGGUGUGGAUGCGGAUGGGGGCGAGGGCGAGGGCGAGGGCGGAAAUGAGAGGGUGGAUGAGAGGGUGGAUGGGGCAGAGAGAGAAGAGAGAGAAGAGAGAGAAGAGGAGGUGGAUGAUGACCCUACGCCCAUGCCGAGUCCGAUUAGCGCGAGGAGGUGGACAUAG